UUGGCUCGGAGUUUUUUUUGAGCUAAAUAAUGUCAGCUUCUGCUACUUUUAUUUUUAACUUGAGUCAAGAAAAAUUGGGUUUGAUUCAUUUCUCCUUUACAACUCACUUUCAUCUAGGUUUUUGUUCAGGUUUCAGUUUGGGUUCUUGAAGAUGGCAAUGAAGACCCUUUCUGGAAGCUGCUCUUCAGACCUUUCAUCUCUCUGUAGAGGAGCUUUCUACAUCAUUAGGAAUCGACUUACUUCUCCUGAGGAAGUCUUCUCUUUCCGGGGAAUCAGUUCUUCUUCUGAUUCUGAAUCAUUCAACUUAAGAGUAGAAACUCUAACGCUGUUAGCAGCUGAGAAAAAAGAAGCCAAGUCUGUGUUAACCUUGUUCUUGAUGCAACAAGGUCUGAGCAAGGCAGUUGCUGCAAGAACCGUCAAUAAAUCAGAUUAUUUUAUAGACCACAUUAUCUCAAGGCUUCAUUCUGCUCAUAUAUCUCGGUAUCUCGUAGGAAGAGAGCUCACAGCUCUUGAGAUUGGGGACACCCUUAAUCCUUAUCUUCAAUCACUCCUUGAAGAGCAUGGAAACUUUCUGGUAGUGAAGAACUUUCAUACUGCACCUAUAAAAAAAAGCCAGUUAUGCCAGUUUGUCAAUCCCAUUCCAGCUUUGACUCCAAGAAGCCAGAAUCAGUCUCUCAUGUAAGUGUCCCAAGUCCAGCAGCAGAUCUACAGCAUCGACGUUGCUACCUCUUAGAGCUUGGCAUGGAUCUUGAGCAGAUCAAGGCAGCUACACGCUGACAUUCUAGGCUUGCCUGCUACAGCUUGGAGGGGAAAAUCAAACCACUGGUUGAGUUUCUUCUUGAUCUUGGGGUACCUAAAUCAUAUAUUCCCACUAUUAUCAGACAAAGUCCUUUUUUAUGCAGACGUGGUCUAUAUAAACAAAUAAUACCCGGCAUGAUUUGCUUUGAAGAUUUGGGUGUGGACAAGAAACAGUGGGCAAAAGUUAUAUGCUGUAGCCCAGGACUCCUCAGUCACAGCAGGCAGAAGGUUCAGGCAGUUGUUAAUUUCCUUCAUGAGUUUGGGCUUAUCAGGCGAUAGCCUAGGUAAGAUCUUAACUCAGUUCCUGAGAAUUUUAACUUACAGAGUGG